AUGAUGGCCCGGACUGUUGCGUCCGCAGAAGAAAUAGCAACAAGGACGAGACAAGCGUUAGUUCUGGGAGAAAGAGCAUUCGAUCAAGUCGCUGAUGAGGAACAGCUGACAAGCUUCCUCAUCGUUCUGGCACUGAGUGAUGUCGGUGCCGUGAUCAGAUGGAUCGCGAUCUUCAGUCAACACUGGAUUGCGUCCCUCGUGUAUGGAUCGCUUUUCGUGCACCCAGCACAGCUGAUGUAUCAGUUAAUGCACCUAUCGGUAGUGGGCACCGCGGCAACAAUUGUGGACGCUAUCGCUUUCACGGACUUUGGAACACAGUUCUUGGUGUUCUUCGUCACAAUGAGGAGUCUGCUGUCGUGGGCCCUCAACCCUCCAGAACCCAGGGCGUACGUACCAAAAAGGAAGAGAGGAUGGAAGCCGUUAUUCCAUGGAUUCGAACGAAUUACAUCAGCUGUCGCUGGAGUCCUGAAGGACACGUUAAUCAGAGGAAAAAGGACCGUGGAACUGCUGAUCUCGCUUAACGAGAUGGCAGUCGAGAACUCAGCGGGAACGCCCGAGGAAGCAUCCAAGGGCGACAAUCGAUUUCGGUGGUCAGACAAUGACGAGGAAUUUACCAUGAAGGAGAUCAGGGCGUCAUCAAGCACAUACCCGGAAAUGUUGUGGGAUUUGGACACGCCAAGGGAUCAAUCGAUGCCGACCAAGUUCGAGCUCUUCAUGAGAUUCCUCAACGCGCUGAAGGCAGGUGCAGCAAUAGCAUCCAGAGAGGGCAACCCAAUGGUUGCGUACAGCCUGGUCAUGUGGUCAUUGAGCGGAGCAACGAAUGGCAGUUCGGACGAUCACCAAUAUGACACAGAUUCAGUUCUCAUUGCCAUUGACAACUGUUCAUCCAGAUGCAUGACAAAUUGCAUGAGAGAUUUCAUAGACUCUCCACAAAAGGUGAACGUGUCAGUUCAAGGAGUUGGUGGAUCCGUCAGAGCGACCUACAAGGGAACAGUCAAGUGGACAAUCGAGGAUGAGGACGGAAGGACACAUCACUUCGUGAUCCCAGACACGUACUUCAAUCCAACCACCCCGUACAGACUGCUCUCGCCACAACACUGGGCGAAAGUGUCAGACGACAAUUACCCGGCAAAGCGAGGGACUUGGUGCGCAACGUACGAGGACGCGGUGGAGCUGUUCUGGGCUCAAGGGAAGUUCAAGAGAGUCAUCACACUCUCCCCGUCCAGCAACAUAGCCUUGGUAAGGAGUGCCCCAGCAUUCUCGAAGCUGCAUGCUUUCUGCGCUCAAGUGAGAGACGAAGUGGGCAGGGAACCAAUUGAUGAGUUCGAGUUAAUGGCAAUGCCAACCGUGGCAACGGUGUCCGAUGAGGAGUCAGGAUCAGGAUCGUCGGACGAAUCAGACGACGAGGAACUACCGACUGGCAGAUUGCAUCCAGAUCUUCCACCCGAAGCAGUCCAGGAGCAGAACAAGAGUGAGAAAUUCCAGCAGGAAAUGACUCAUGCAUUCAGAAUGAAGAAGGACUUACGGCUGGUUGAACAGGAGCCGCUUGCCGAUGGGAAAUAUUUGAAAUACCAAACGGACCAAGCGGACAUCCUUGCAUGGCACUACCGGUUGGGGCACAUCUCUUUCGAGCGGAUACGCAAACUGGCCGAGCGAGGAGAUCUUCCUGCGAAACUCGCCAGAGCAAGAGCACCAAAGUGCGCAAGUUGUAUGUUUGGGAAGGCAACACGACGACCAUGGAGAACCCGCACUCCCAACAAUCAGAAGGACCCAUUGUCGGCAGGAGCUCCAGGAUCGGUUGUAGGAGUCGACCAGUUGAUCUCAUCAACUCCAGGCCUGAUCGGCCAGAUGAGAGGAUUACUCACCAGAAAGAGGUACACGGUCAGUACUGUCUUCGUGGAUCACCACAGCGGACUGUCUUUCGUUCACUUCCAAACUUCAACCUCUGCAGAACAGACGAUUGCUGCCAAGAGAGCCUUCGAGAGGUAUGCCAAGACAUUUGGCGUGCAAGUCAGACAUUACCAUGCAGAUAAUGGAAUUUUUGACAGCAAGGCAUUCGCGGAAGAAGUGCACAACUGCGGGCAAUCGAUCACGUACGCAGCCGUGAACGCCCACCAUAUGAAUGGGAAGGCCGAGAAGAAAAUCAGAGAUCUCCAGGAAGCCGCGAGAACCAUGUUGUUGCAUGCGAAGCAGAGAUGGCCCACUGCGAUCGACUCCCAUCUCUGGCCAUUUGCAGUCAGGCAACCUUCCACCAAUGUCGAAGUGGCAGAUGAAGGCCGGCUUUGA